CGCCUAUCAAUACGAAUAUCUCGCCGACGUCGUCCCACUUUAUCACACCGGCUGUCCUAUCACCUGAGGGUCAGACUGUAAACAUCACUCCCCCGAGGGCAAUGUUCGUGCGCUGGAACUUUGUAUCGUAAGCCUUCGACUGACAUCGCUACAAAAAUGGCUCUGGCAGAAAUCGAGAACUCAGUCGCUGGGGUCUGGGUACUGCAGAAGAAUGAGAAUCUGGACGAAUACUUGAAAGAAAUAGGAGUGAAUUUCGUCCUGCGGAAAUUGGCGGCGGCCGCUAGUAGCACCAUGACAAUCUCCGUAGAGGAUGGACAAGUCCGCAUCAACACGAAGGGACCCAAAGACUCAGACCACAAAUUUCACCUGGACACGGAGGUGGAGUCCAACGACCCCCAGGAUAACCCCAUGAAGGCGGUAGUGAAAUGGACCGACAGAAAACUUGUUACUCAUUCCAAACCAACAGAAGGGUCAAAGGCCAAAGAAACAAAGGUCGUUCGUGAGGUGGUGGACGGCCAACUCAUCAUGGCCUUGGUCACAUGGAAGGAUGGGAAACUGAUCACUGAGGCUAAACCUGUGGAGGGGUCCAAUGGCAAGGCCACUCGGGUAGAGAGAGAGGUGGUGGACGGGGAGCUAAUCAUGACUAUCUACGUGAACAAUGUUGUAUGCCGUAGAAUCUUUAAGAAGAAGUGAGCGCUCACAUUUCACAAAGUCCCUCAGACAUCAGUAUUAUACAUGUAUAUAUGUUUAGUGACUGGCAUUGUCUCAUAUAUCAACAUGCUCUCUGUUCAGAGCUAGUGGACAUUUGCCAUAUAGAACUUCUAAGCAAUCGACUCCUUCGUUGUAUUCUGAAUGGAGAGGAUAAUAUUUUAUUUGCUCAUUGUACAUGUAUCUUGCAUUUAGAAUUUCAUUAAAUAAUGGCCUAUGAUUAAUUUUAUCAGAGAUCAUGGUCACUUAUAUUAAAA